GGGCGGUUUAUUGGGUUCUCGAUGCCUGAAAAACCGUGUGCGUGACCGGCGCGUCAGAUCCCUGCUCAUGUGCGGUGGGCACGGGGCUUUGUGUACACAGCCUGGUGGGACGUCAUCGUCACCCGCUACGCGUACGCGGUCACUCGUUAAAACUCGUCCCCGGUACCGUUCACUCGUAGUGUAGUGCUCAGUGGUGCAGUGGCGUCUCGGACGGAGGACUCUUGCGCACUACGUACUGGCGUGUGCUGUGCUUUUUUAUCGAGGAUUAUAAUAUCAAGUUAUAAUUGCGUUGUCGGUUGACAGGAUUCGGACGGUUUGUUUUUAUGCUUGGAGGACCGUUUUUUUUGUCUUCAGCGCCGGCAUGGAUGCUGUCAAAAGUUGAAGGCAGAGGAGCAUUGUCACCGGGGAGUUGGGCUUGUUUCGUUUUGGAGAGGCAGAGUGGAUAGGAGAAAAGUUUGAGCAGGGGAGAGCGCUUAACUUGACAUCGUUAUUGGUUCGUCACACCAGUCACAGGGAGCAGGGAUAUAUUUCGCGGAGCUCCCGUGGGGUCAUGCAGGCAGUCCAAGUGCCUCAGUAGCUCCUUCGUAAACUUGGAAUACUCUAAUCCCUGGACCGUUUGCCGUACGUGCCGCUUGAAAGGAAGGCUCCUAUAAUUCUACAGUUUCGGCAGGAAAGAAAAGUUUUGCAUCUUGUUCUCCCCCUCUACACAUUAAUACCCAGAGGCAAUAUAUAUAACCGACGUGCACUUCUGUUUGCUGCGGUUAAGGAGGGAAAAGUAGGAGAUUAAUCAAUUUCUGCUGGCUGUAGAAUAGUAUUUUUGUUUUGUUUUGUUUUGUUGUUCGCUGUCUUUCGGAUGACCCGUGCCAUGGAUCUAUCCAGGAUGAAAUACUUGAUUGCCGGACUCUGUGUGCUGGGGCUAGCGGUGGAUAUAAGCGAGGGGGGCAGGCGGGCCCGGGACUGCCCGCCGGAGUGCAGCUGCUACCGGCGGACCGUGGACUGCAUCAAGCGGGGAUUACAGUACAUACCUGUCAACAUACCCGUCAACACAGAGCGAUUAAAUCUUGAUGGGAAUAACAUCACAAAGAUCCGCAAGGGAGAUUUUGACAAUCUGCGGAGAUUACGAGUCUUACAGCUGAGCAACAAUCAGAUUGUCAGCAUCGAGCGUGGAGCCUUCUCAGACCUGAGAUCAGUGGAGCGAAUGAGGCUGGAUGGAAACCAACUGCAAAGCCUGCCCGAGCUGGUCUUCUCAAAUAUGGACUCCCUCUAUAGACUGGAUCUCAGCAACAACAAGCUCAUGUUGAUCUCACGGAAGCUAUUCAGAGGAACAGGGCUUCUCCGAAACUUGAACCUGGAGUACAACCAGAUCACGUGUAUAAUUGACGGUGCCUUCAGACCUCUGAGAAUGUUGGAGAGAUUGUCUCUGAGUAACAACAAUCUGACCACGCUAAGCAGCAGCAGCUUCACUCACAUGACGUACCUCAAGACGUUACGUCUGGCAGGAAAUGACUUGUACUGCGAUUGCUACCUGGGCUGGUUCGCCAGCUGGCUGCGGCUGCACCCGCGGCUGGCCCUGUCCACGCGCUGCUCCCACCCUCGCCAGUUCCGGGGCUUGAAGAUCCCCGAGCUGCAGGUGGGCGACUUCAGAUGCUCAGGUGAAGAGGACCACGAGGUCAUGUGCAAGGUCAAGCCUCUGUGUCCGGCUGGCUGCGCGUGCAACUCGGAGAACGUGGUGGACUGUCGGGGUAUCGGUCUCACUGAACUGCCCACGACCUUCCCGGAUCGAGCCGUGGAACUUCGACUGGAACAGAAUCAGAUUCGGUCCAUUCCAUCCAGGGCCUUCACACAGUACAAGAAGCUGAAGAGAAUAGAUCUGAGCAACAACAUGAUUGAGACCAUCGCCGACGAUGCCUUCACCGGUCUGAGGUCCCUCUCUUCGCUGGUUCUCUAUGGCAACCAGAUCGCUGAUCUCCCCGAGGGAAUCUUCCGUGGCCUGACGUCCCUCCAGUUGCUGCUCCUGAAUGCCAACCACAUCUCCUGCAUCAGGGUCAACCUCUUCCAAGAUCUCAUCUCGCUGAAUUUGCUGUCCCUGUAUGAUAACCAGAUCAUGUCUCUCGCCAACGGAACCCUGGCCCCACUGCGCAACCUUCAAACCAUGCACCUGGCGAGGAACCCGCUGAUCUGUGACUGCAACCUCAAGUGGCUGGUGGAGUACCUGCAGGGCAACCCGGUGGAGAAGAGUGGCGCUCGCUGCGAGACGCCGCGCCGGAUGGAGGGCAAGAGGCUCAACCGCAUGAAGAGCAUCAAGUUCAAGUGCAAAGAUGCGGAGUACCAGCGCACCAUGCACGCCGGCGAGUGCUUCAUCGAUUCGGACUGCCCCGAGUCGUGUAGUUGCAGUGGAACUAUCGUGGAUUGCUCCAACCGAGGUUUCCAUUCCGUACCAGACAGCAUACCCACGUACACAACUGAGCUACUGCUGAACGAUAACGACAUCUCGCGGAUUUCUGCCGGUGGGAAGUUUCUUAAUUUGAUCAACCUCAACAAACUGGAUCUUCGCAACAACCGCAUCUCCAUCAUCGAGGAAGGGGCGUUUGAAGGAGCAGAAAACCUGUUUGAACUGCUGCUUACUAACAACAAGCUGACCAAAGUCCACGGGCGAUUUUUCUCCGGACUUAAAAAACUGAGAACUCUGAACCUGAGAAGCAAUCGCUUGACGUGCAUUGGGAACGAGACCUUUAUCGGACUGAGAUCGCUCCGUCUGCUAGCACUUUAUGACAACGGUAUCAGCACCAUCACGUCUGGCGCAUUUGACUCGCUGAAAGAACUCUCCACUGUAAACUUGAUGGGCAAUCCAUUGAACUGUAACUGUCACUUGUCCUGGCUGCCCGAGUGGCUGAUCUCCCGGAACAUCGUGACGGGCAACCCCAUCUGUCAGUCGCCGGACAACCUGAGAGAUGUGCCGCUGGAGGCACUGGAGAAGACGGACUUCUCAUGCGAAGAGAAUGACCUGAACAGCUGUCUGCCGUCAGUGGCCUGCCCGCGGGAGUGUGCGUGCAGCGGGUCGGUGGUCCGCUGCAGCCGCAAGGAGCUCACCAUGCCCCCACGGAACAUCCCUCUCACGGCCACCGAGAUCUACUUGGACUCCAACCAGCUCGUGACCAUCCCCGACGGAAUGACAAACCUCAAGAGCCUCCACACACUGGAUUUGAGUACAAACUUGAUCACGAUGCUGCCUGAGAACGCUUUUGCCAACAUGACCAAGCUCUCAACACUUAUCUUGAGCUACAAUCGCAUAGCCUGCAUUCCACCGGGGACGUUCACUGGAUUGCGUUCGCUACGUAUCCUAUCACUCCAGGGCAACGACCUUUCUACACUCCCAAAUGGCGUGUUCAGUGAUCUCCAUUCUCUGAGUCACAUAGCGCUAGGCAACAACCCGCUGUACUGCGACUGUAACCUGCAGUGGCUGUCGGAGUGGGUCAAGGCAGACGGCUUCAAGGAGCCGGGCAUCGCCAAGUGUGCCGACCCCUACGACCUACGCGGCAAGCUCAUACUGACCGCCCCCUCCAGGUCCUUCAUUUGCACUGAAGAGCCGGACAUGAACAUCCUGGCCAAGUGCAACCCCUGCCUGUCGGGCCCCUGUCAGAACCAGGGUGCCUGCUCAGUCAGCCUGACGGAGCGCUACACCUGCUCCUGCCCCGAGGGCUUCAAAGGUCGUAACUGCGAGGUGGAGCUGGACGCCUGCGAGGGCAUGCCCUGCCUUAACGGGGGCCAGUGCCAGAACCUCAACGGGGGCUUCAGGUGCGAGUGCAUGCCCGGGUUCGAAGGUGACCUCUGUGAGUCCAACAUCGACGACUGCAAGCACCACCAGUGCCUGAACGACGGGAUCUGCCAGGAUGGGAUCAACAACUACACGUGUUACUGCAGCCUGGGCUACUCAGGGACAUACUGUGAAGUGGACAAGGACUUGUGUGCCUCCGGAGCCAACCCAUGUCAAAAUGGUGGAGUCUGUUACGACCUCGGUCGCAGCUACAGGUGUGAAUGCCCGCCCAGCUACCGCGGGUUGAACUGCACCGAGUCCUACCAGGACUGUCGUAAUGAGGGCUGCCAGAAUGAGGGUCAGUGUAUCCAGGAGAUGGACCAGUUUGUCUGCAGGUGCCCGCAAGGUUUCAGCGGCGUCCGGUGCGAGGACGUUCCCAUUGUGUUCCCCCAGGCCAGCCCCUGCGACUUCCACGACUGCCAGAACCAGGCGCUGUGCCAAGUGGAGGCCGGCGGUGAGGUGCACUGCCUGUGCCGGCCAGGCUACGUCGGCAAGCGCUGCGAGGUCAGCACCAGCCUGACCUUCUCACAGCAGAGCGCCUUGCUGAAGGUGAACCCGCUGGACAUGUCCAGCCCCAUCAACUUCACUGUGUCGUUCGCCACGGCACAGGAGAACGGCAUCCUGCUGUACCACGGCGGGGCGGGCACCGUGGACCACCUUGCCGUGGAGCUGUUCCGCGGCUACCUGCGGGUCAGCUACAUUGCAGGCAACUUCCCCGCCACCACAGUCUUCAGCCAGCACAACCUGAACGACGGGGAAUUCCACACGGUGCGAGUGCUGGUGUCCGGUCGCAACAUCUCCCUCCAGAUUGAUGACGAGGAGGUGCAGAGCGCCACCAACGAGGGCCCCAGCACGUACCUGAAUGUCAACGCCCCACUGUUCAUUGGUGGGGCGCCCUCCAAGAAGAACGCCUACGCUCUCCGACACCGGCAUCUCCGCAAUGGAUCCAGUUUCCAAGGGUGCCUGCAGGGCUUCUUCAUCAACGACGAGCCGGUCACGCCCAUGGAAGGUGAGGUGCUGGGCGUGACGACCGGCUGCCCCGCCCUGGACAUGCCGGACCCCUGCCAGACCAACCCCUGCAAGCAGGGCUUCUGCCGCAAGCUGGACUCGGCCCGCUACACCUGCGACUGUCAGGACGGCUGGAUGGGGCCAAUGUGCGACAGAAGGACCACCUGCACUGGCCAGCCGCACCAGGUGACAGUGGAGCGGGGCACCUGCCGCAGCGCCAACCCCAUCAAGACCAUGGACUGCGGCGGCGAGUGCGGCGGCGCCUCGUGCUGCCGGCCCCAGCGAGUCCGCACCCGCCUAGUCCUGCUCCAGUGCGAGGAUGGCACCGAGGUCAAGGAGGAAGUCAAGAUUGUCCGGAGCUGCGCCUGCCAGGAGUGUGUGGAGACACCCGAGAUAGUUAACGAACCAGAGUAAACCCCCCCUCCCAACGACGUGAGUCGGUCGGGACGUUUAUAAAUUUGUAUAAAAUUUCUAUACUGAAAAAGUAAUAAUACUAUUAAAUAAUUGAAUGCUAUAGCAGAAUAACGUAAGCUAUUUUUGUAGAUAUUAUUUUCUAUGCUGUAGUCCUGAGACUGUUGUCUAUUUUGGUCAUGUUGGGUAUAGCAGCCUUUUGCCCAGUUGGUUCUGUAUGGAACCCAGACUUCUUGGAGCAAAUCAUCAUGGGGUCAGUGUAGCAACUACAGCGUGAUGCCACUCGUGAAGCCAGCCUUUUUUUUGUAGAAAGGUCACAUGCAAAUUGUCGAGGGGUUGCAGAUGCCGCCUGUAUGUUACCCCCAAUAUUGCUCUUGAAGAGGACAAGCAGACAGGAACAGCACACUUUGCAUUGCAAGUGCUGUUGGCUUGCUUCCUGAUGUCUAUUUUUGUGCGUAUCUAUAAAUAUUGCCUUCCAUCUCUGAAAGCAAAGUUUUCCCAUUCACUGAGGACUUUUUGAAUGUAGUUGAUGUCACGGUUUUUAUAUUUAUGUUACAUAAUUUGGGGAUUUUUUUUUUUCCUUUCGUGGGAUUUUGAUGAAAGUGUGUUCUAAAGAACAGUUGUUUGCAUCUGUAAACCGUUAAGUGCCAGUAUUGUAUAAUUUGCCUACCUUAAUGAGUCCCGUCAUAUUUUCAGCUGCACCGCACUGAAAUGAGAAGUUUGCCAGUUGAUAUUUCAAGAGGGCGCUGUGUAGCGGUCUCGUGUCAUUGCCACCGGUCGGGAGGGAUCUGAGCCUCCAUUUCAGCGAGGUGUUAAGUUUAUAAGUGGGCCAGCGGGUAUGUUUACUGGCUGCUUUAUCGAGUGUAAGCUGAGGAGUGUGACGAUAAAUAUUGAUGCGAUACAUUCAUGUGGAGCGUGGCCCGGGGGCCGGGAUUUAAAGGCCGAGUUGCGACCAGGAAGGAUGCACAUGUGGUUGGACAGGAAAUGAAGGAGAGUACAGCUAGAGGAGUGUGAUAGGUAUAAUCUCAACCCCCUCCCCCCCCGGGGAUGUGAAAUAACUGGCAGGUGUCUCUUUCUUACUUAUUUUGGCUACAGCCCCCCCCCCCCACCCCGGGCCUCCUAGAUUUUUCUCUGUGUGCUGGUGCUGCAGCUCUUGUCUGAGCAUGAUUUGAUCUGGCCUAGCGGGACAUUUUCACAGGUUCAAAUCGAUCUGUCUGUCUGGAUACCGGGAUUUAGCCCCGCGAGGAGGAGGCUCCUGUCAUGGGGAUCUCUUCGGGGAGCGAUGUCAUCGACUUGACUGAAUUUCUCACUUCAGAGGUUUUUUUUUUUCCGUUGCAAAUAGUUUGAUGGUUCCGGCACCUAGUGAAAGAAUUCUUUCCAACUGCCGUGUCGGGUGCACGGGCGCGACGCAAGCAAAAGUCCCAAUUCAGACAUCCGUGCAGGGGACAUGAAGAUCUCGCGGACAUACCCUGAGCGGCAAAGACCUCAAUUUCGACACGUCGCACUCCACAUUUUGUGUUGACCACCGCGGCACCAAGAACCCAUUCAUUUUAAGACAGCUGCAUGCUGGUAACACGUUUGUGAUCGUACAUGUAGUCCCAUCUCAGCAGAUUGGUCGACCAGAAACCAGAGCCGGGCCCAUGGGUUUUUUGUUGAUCGGUCUACUGAAGAUAAAUCCCCAGCGCUGCUUGUAAAAUAUAUGCAUAAGCUGCCGCCUUAUGCAUGAGCUGCCGCCGUUUUAACACUCCAGCAAGUUCAGUGGCACUGUCAGUGCCCAGAGCAAAGAGCGGUCAAUGUUAUCAGCAGUCUUGACAGUCACCCAAGUAUUUCUUAUCACCCAAGCCACUUCACACUGUAAUUGUCUGUCUUAAUCAUCUCAACCCUCUUCCAUCACCUGGCGUCUUGGUUCCUCCUUUUUUCCCUCCUUCCUACACUCUUCUGUCCUCGCCUGCGUGUCUCCAAGAUCCCACAAUCCAGAAGUCAAAAGACUUCGUCUGACACAUGCUUGCCGGCUUUGCAGUCCCGAAUUAAUGAAGGCUCAUCUUUCCGAGCCGCGAGGGCUAAAUUCUACCCCCCCCCCCUUUGUGAAGCAGAAACCGUAAUCCGUGCUGACAGUGACAGUGUGGACUGAUGCAUCAGAGCGGGUUCUGUGCCCGCCAGGAAAUUUUGGCUCUUUCUAAUGUGUGAUCGCGCGGGCUGGAGGGGUGUUUGUUUAGCCCGUGUUGGUUUGUCUUCGUUUCAGACAAACUCACCCGCGGUCAUUGUUAAAAGAAAAAUCCUCUUAAAGACAUAACUGGAAGUCGUUGGUCCUGGUUAUUAUCUGCCGGCCACAGGAAAUCACGGGGAAAAU